UGGCAGGGAAAUCAUAAACGGCAAUGGAACUAUGGGACUGAUGCUGCAUCUCCGGCUCAACCCCAUUCCUGGUCUGAGCAGUCCGGAACCUCGUUUAGGGGUUCGACUUGGCGUGGACGGGGAGGACGGCGUGGUCUAGGUCCAACGCCUAGGGCGCAUGCCUUGCCGCCGAGAGAUCCCCAAGCUCAAGUUAUGCCAACGCAGCAACCCCACGUAAAUAUCGGACCUUGGACUGGAUUCAACGCUAGCCAUGGUCAUAGAAAGGAAUACAGGAAGGUCCAGAACCCAGGCCUUUCCGCGGGGCCGCAGAGCAUUCCAGAUGACAAUACACCUCCGUCCAAGAAACGCAUGGCGAAACAGAAGACGGAAGGACGCUAGGUGAGUUCUGGGGAAACAUUCGGUGGGAUCUGAAAUGAAGAGGCUCUUGUGAGCAACGUGGGUUGGCUGGGGCUCUGCCUCUCUGACCAGCUGUGUUCAUUGCUAGGCUAGCCCCUGAGUCCAAG